AUCCUAAACUCCUUUGAUUUGUUGAGAAUUUUGCAAAUUUAAAAUUUGAUUUUGAGUUAAAUGAAAAAUACAGUAAUUAUAAAAAUUUGAGGAGUUUUUCUUUUCCUCUUGCAGCCGCUAGGGUUUCCCUCAGCGGCGUGCGAGCCUCUCACCUAGGUGCUUCUCCCUGGUUUUUUUAGGGCCCCUCUUCUUCUACUUCUUAUUUUUGUCUCGAUUUCCCUAUCCCCUUCUUGGAUCUUGGCGUAGAGGAGAGAUCGGGGUGCAGAAGGUGAGGGGAUCUGGUGCUGAGCAAGGCUGGUGCAGGGCGUGGGCACGGGGCGCGAGUGUGGGCAUGGGCGAGGGAGAAGGCAGGGGCGUGGUGCUGCGGGAGGUGAGGGGACCAAGUGCAGAGCAAGGCUGGUGCAGGGCGUGGGCACGGGGCGCCAGUGUGGGCAUGGGCGAGGGAGAAGGCGUGGGCUUGGGGCGAGGCAAGGGCAGGGGUGUGGUGCAGCAGGAGACUAGCCUGGGUGCAGCAGGAGGCUUGAUUGGGUGGAUCCUGUGUUUUCCAGAUCUAGAAGCGUUUGUUUUCCUACACAUGCUAAGCGUCGUAUUCCUCUCUGAAACAUUACGAUCCAAUAUUGCAAUGCCUCUGUUUUGCUUAGAUCUAGGGUAUCAAAGUGAUAAUCAUUGGAGGCUGAUUGGGUUUUUUGGUAGUAAACCAAAGGAAAAGGAUGAAGUUGGUGAAGUCGUUACAGGGGACACUGUUUUUUCAGUCUCAAAAGGGGCUCUAGUUCCCUUAUUGAAAUUUGGCAACAAGGGUUUGCAAAGGAUUGCAAUAGUUAGGGCAUGGUUAGGAGCCCAUGGCGACAAGGGAGGUGCCUGGGUUUGUAUGGAGGUGCAUGGCCCUCCUAUUGAUUGAAACUGGUUUUUAGGGACGACAUAUAGUGGGCUGGGGACUGCUGAUGUCGAAUUUUCCCUGCUCUCCCCAUGAAGCUGGCUCAAUAGGUGAGGACGUCUAGUAGUUUCAGACACUCAUAGCGACCUCCUUUUUCUACUUUUGUAGCCCUAUUUUUGCCCUUACAGCGAUUGUAGUUACAAUCUUUAGUCAUAGAUGGCCCUCUUCGCUUAAUUGUCCAUAUAUGUCAUGGGCACA